GGCAAAUAUGAAAAAGUCAAACAGAGGAACUGUCAGGAAAAAGAAGGGUGUCAAAUUCACUAAAAUCAUCGAAGAAGACACAAAGCCAAGGCCAGUGAGAGAAUUACUCAAACCAUCAUUUGAUAAGAUCAAAGAUGAGAUGGAGUCAUUAGACUUAGAAUCAGGAAAUUUCACGUUCCUUCCAAUUCGGUACUCACCUCCUUUGACAAAGUACCAGAGAUACGAAGAAUUCAAAAGUUUUAUCAAAUCCCUAAAAACAAGCAUUCAUAAAAAAUAAACUACAAGAAUACUUCAUUAAAAUGCACAAGAACUUCUGUGAAGAUGCCCCCAUUGAGCCAGAUUCUUACCUGAAGCACUUCAUUAGAAACUACGACGUUGAACGAGUGAAGCAAGAUAGAGUCAUGCAGAGUUUUACUAUUGGAAGAAAAAUCAUCCCGAAAGAAAACACUGAUAGAAAAAUAAACAUGGAGAUUCAUAAUAGCAUCAUGGGAGUCUGCAUGAGGAAGCCUAAGGCAGAUAACAAGAACAAGGCUAAAAAGAAAAGUGAUAUCCCUCAUUUUGCAUCCAAGAACCAAGUCUUCGGCUCUGCAGAUCUUCAAAAAAGAACUGAUGAGUACUAUAGCAACUUCGCUAAGAACACUCUUCAAAAUGAUAUCGACAAGAAGAAUAGGAUAAAGGCACGGAAAAAGAACAGGGACAAAAACAAAACUGCCCCCUCUUCUCAUUACAGCCAGAAAACAGUCACUACUUCUCAAAGGAGAUCCCAAAAAUCUGUCAUUGAAAGAGAUAAAGAAAAGGAGCGCCAAAAAUAUAUCCUUCACAGAAUGAAAAAGAGAGGCUACUUUGUUGGUAGCAAUAAGAGAAAACCAAUAAAAAAAUUAAGUGUCUCCAACGGGGAAACAAUCAGACUACUCAACGAAUAUGCAAAUAACAAGAUCAGACUGUUUAACCUUCGUAGGAAACUAAACAAGACUCGAAGAAGAAGUAUUGAAUCAAUGUUUCACACUCAUAAGAUAUUAAUAGAUAGAGAACUUAAGAAGAGAAGUGUUUUUAGCCCACAGACCUCCCUCAACGAUAGCCAAAAACUAAUGCUGCCACACCAGAACUCUCCAUACCACUCAAGAAAUCGAAGCUCUAGAGAAAUAUUCAAAGACAUGAAUUCUUCAACAUUCACAAACCCUCUUUACACCCAAGUUCUAAAACAAAAAUACCACCCUCCUAGCAUGCACCACUCAAUGCUGGCUACUACCCACUUCAGUAACACCGCCUCAAUCCACGAAUACGACGAAUGCACUCACCAAAAGCUAUAACCCUUAUUCCUCCCCUAACCAUCCUC